GGUUGGGCCAGUUACGGAGCUGUCAGUCUUCAAAUUGAAUCUGUGGCCUCUGUUCCGGUCAAUUGUGUUUAACACUGCACCUUGAGCACCUCAGGAUUACCGUGUGAACCGGCACAUUUCCCCAACAUGCAACCGGCUCUAGUCGUGAUCUGGCUGGCCGCUCUACAACAAUCCAUUCCGGUCAAUUGUUUCCCUGUACACCUAGACCUGUCGCCGCCGCACAGGACAAUCAAAGGAAUCCUCGCGCGCUCCGAGUCUGUCGAUACAGGACAUUAUUUAUGGAAGGUGGAUUUGAAUGGACAUGUAAAGAAAGCCAUCUUCACAAACUCUCUCGUUGUCCUCCCAAUAAGAACAGAGACAAGUGACUUUGUGUCAAUAUUGGACUUGAAAAGUAAACGUUUCUUAUGUGUCGACGUCGAGGAUAAGUGGUUCAGUUCUAUGAUGUUCAGCAGGAAAGAGUGCCUUUUCCAGCACAGGCGGAUGGAGAACCAUGUUGACGUGUUCUAUUCAUCCAGCAAUGGACUGUUGCUCCUACUGGAAGGGGCUGAGAUCCCUGUGAAAGGGUAUGACUUGUUAAAGAGACGCAUGGUUUACAGAAGGAAGAGGAGCCAACAGGAGAACCCAGAUGCAGACUCCAUGGAGGAUCAGGACCUGGCUAUGCAACAGGACCAAGAACGAGCUGGAGCCAUUUCCAAGGAGACCAUCACUUCUUGUGACGACCCUUUGCGGGUGUUGCAUUCCAAUAGCCCAGGCAGUCCUACCAAAAUGGCUGUGCAAAAGGCAGACAAAGUGGCCCAGGGUGGUCUAGCGGUCUAAGCAGAUGCUUCCGGCACACGUCUACGGUGUUGUCAUAGGUUUGAAUCCAACCUACUGCCUUCUCUCUUUCCCUACUAUCUUCCCUACUAUCAUCCUCUCUCUUUAUCUUAGGGGUAAGCAACCUUGUUCCUGGAGUGCUUGCAGGAUUUUGCCCCAACUAGGCAUCACACCAGACCAAAUGAGCUAAUUGACUAAAUUCAACACACCUGGUCUUCCAAGUUGGUUAUAUCAAAAACAAGUCCUUGCGUCACUCCAGAACAAAGGUUGCCUAGUCCUGCUCUAACUGUUCAAUAAAGUCAGAAAAUAGCUUAAAAAUAUAUUUAAAAAAUGGAAAAUGCAGAGAAAGAGUGAAGCAUUGGCCAAUGGCUUGACUCGUAAGGCCAGAGAAAUGAGCUUUGAAUUUGAAGCUUGUCUGGAAAAUGUUUAAACUUUUUGCUAGAUAACAUUAAGGGAUAUACAGUAAUGCCAUGCACCAGUGCCUCAAUCCUCAUGAGUUUGUGGUUUUGGAAUUGUAGUCUGGAUGGAGGGGUCACAAUACAACUUGAGAAGGAGCACGUUAGAUUGAAACAAGGAGGUGAAUUAGAAAGCUGAUCAGUGAGCAUCAUGAGAAACAGUCUUGCAUGCUUAUAUGCUGAGGUCGUGCUUCUUAAGGUCAUUAAUGAGUGGAUGAGAAUGGGUGGAUGAGACCAUGUGUAUAGUGCAGUGAGAAGCCAACCCUUUGGAUAUGCAAGGGUGUGAUGCACUUUUUCACUGGGACCAGAAAUCGGCCCUGGCAUUUGUAACACACCGGCCCAUUUCUUUCCUCAAGGCCCAGACAGCGACCAAUUUUUUUUCUCCCCCUUGUGGCCCCCAUUCUUAGCCUGAUGAUGAUGAUCAUUUUGCACAAAAAAAAAACAAGUUAGGCAGGCCCACGAGGUAAACAAUCAACCCGGCCCAUCUGGAAUGUUUCACGAAAUGCCUGAUGGCCAGUCCGCCCCUGCACUUUUUAAAUAUUUACAUUGCAAAACACUUUCAAACAGUUUGGACUUUCAUCCUUGACACAGAGAAAACCAAUCAAAUCAUCCUGAAAAUAUGCAGGCUCAUUAUGAAAUGGGCACUUCUUGUUUUUAUAACAGCGUAUAAAAAGUUGAGGCAGGUCACCCAUUUCCUUUUCUACAUGACUUAGAAUCGUAUAUCAAUUCAUACAGAGAGACGUUUGAGUAGCAGUUGAUGAGGGGCCUGUUUGGCAACAUUAAACAUAAUUUGUCCUUUUUGGGUAACGCCUGGGUUGAACCAGUGUCAUGUUGUCCUUUUAACUCCCUUUAAAAAGUACCAUUUUAAACUGGUUUGGCAUUGAGCCUGAUGUGGCAAUAAUUUGUUUGCAUGAGAUUUUGCUAUGUAUGUCAAAAUGGACCAACAUUUCUGUAUGAAUUAUUGUAAUUGACAAGGUAAUAUUAAUUGAUACAACAUUGCAUUAAUGCAUUGUAACUUCUAUUAAUUGAAGACCAUUUUUCAAUGGAUGUGUUAUGGUAUUACUAUAUGUUGUCAAUCUAUAGGUUGUGGUGGAUGUUCACAAUGUUUAAAUAUUGUAAAUACACUAUAUAUAAAAAAGUAAGUGGACACCCCUUCAAAUUAGUGGGUUUGGCUAUUUCAGCCACACCCGUUGCUGGCAUGUGUAUAAAAUCGAGCACACAGCCAUGCAAUCUCCAUAGACAAACAUUUGCAGUAGAAUGGCCUUACUGAAGAGCUCAGUGACUUUCAACGUGGCACUGUCAUAGGAUGCCAACUUCCUAACAAGUCAGUUCAUCACAUUUCUGCCCUGCUGGAGCUUCCCCGGUCAACUGUAAGUGCUGUUAUUGUGAAGUGGAAACGUCUAGGAGCAACAAUGGCUGAGCCGCGAAGUGGUAGGCCCCACAAGCUCACAGAACAGGACCGCUGAAAUGCGUAGCGAAUAAAAAUUGCAUGUCCUCGGGUACAACACUCACUACCGAGUUACAAACUGCCUCUGGAAGCAACGUCAGCACAAUAACUGUUCAUCGGGAGAUUCAUGAAAUGGGUUUCUAUGGCUGAGCAGCUGCAUGCAAGCCUAAGUUUACCAUGCCAAGUGUCGGCUGGAGUGGUGUAAAGCUCGCCGUCAUUGGACUCUGGAGCAGUGGAAACGCAUUCUCUGGAGUGAUGAAUCACACUUCACCAUCUGGCAGUCCGACAAACUAAUCUGGCUUUGGCAGAUGCCAGGAGAAUGCUACUUGCCCCAAUGCAUAGUGCCAACUGUAAUGUUUGGUGUAGGAGGAAUAAUGGUCUGGGAUGGUUUUUCACGGUUCGGGCUAGGUCCCUUAGUUCCAGUGAAGGGAAAUCUUAACACUACAGCAUUUUGUAUUUGUAUUUAUUUAUCCCUUAUUUAACUAGGCAAGUUCGUUAAGAAGACAUUUUUAUUUACAAUGACGGCCUACCCCGGCCAAACCAUAACGACGCUGGGCAGAAUGUGCGCCGUCCUAUGGGGCUCCUAAUCACAGCCGGUUGUGUUACAGCCUAGAAUCGAAACCGGGUCUGUAGUGUCGCCUCUAGCAUUGAGAUGCAGUGCCGUAGACCGCUGCGUCACUCGGGAGCCCAUACAAUGACAUUCUAGACAAUUCUGUGCUUCCAACUUUGUGGUAACAGUGUGGGGAAGGCCCUUUCCUGUUUUCAGCAUGACAAUGCCCCUGUAUACAAGGCGAGGUCCAUACAGAAAUGGUUUGUCGAGAUCAGUAUGGAAAAACUUGACUGGCCUGCACAGUGCCCCGACCUCAACCCUAUCAAACACCUUUGGGCUGAAUUGGAACGCCGACUGCGAGCCAGGCCUAAUUGCCCCACAUCAGUGCCCGACCUCACUAAUGCUCUUGUGGCUGAAUGGAAACAAGUUCCCACAGCAAUGAUCCAACAUCUAGUGGAAAGCCUACCCAAAAGAGUGGAGGCUGUUUAUAGCAGCAAAGGGGGGACCAACUUUAUAUUAAUGCCCAUGAUUUUGGAAUGAGAUAUUUGACGAGCAGGUGUCCACAUACCUUUGGUCAUGUAGUGUAUAUCAAGGUUGUGUUUUGCUGUCAUUUGAAACCAUACCCAAUGUUAGCUGGUGCUGGACACCAUUAGGAAAAAGCAAUGAGCCAUCACAAUAUAAUAUGUAUUUAUUCAAAUGUAUUCACAUAUUGUUAUUUAUAAUGUGUAAUAUUUUGUAUGGAUGCUUAUUGUCUUAUCAUAAAAUAUAUACACUGAACAAAAAUAUAAACAACAUGCAACAUUUUCAAAGAUUUUACUGAGUUAUGGUUCAAAAAGUAAAUCGGUCAAUUGAAAUAAAUAAAUUAGGCCCUAAUCUAUGGAUUUCACAUGAUUGUGAAUACAAAUGUGCAUCUGGUCAGAGAUACCUUUAAAAAAGGUGGUGGUGUGGAUCAGAAAACCAGCCAGUAUCUGGUGUGACCACCAUUUGCCUCAUGUAGCGUGACAACUCCUUCACAUAGAGUUGAUCAGGCUGUUGUGGCCUGUAGAAUGUUGUCUCAUCCUCUUCAAUGGUUGUGUGAAGUUGCUGCAUAAUUAAAUCACGUUUUAUUUGUCACAUACACAUGUUUAGCAGAUGAUAUUGCGGGUGUAGUGAAAUGCUUGUGCUGAAACAUGAGGUGCUGGCAAUGAAUGAAUGGCACGACAAUGGGCCUCGAUCUCGUCACGGUAUCUCUGUGCAUUCAAAUUGCCAUCGAUAAAAUGCAAUUGGGUUUGCUUUCAGUAGCUUAUUCCUGCCCAUACCAUAACCCCACCGCCACCAUGGGGCACUCUGUUCACAAUGUUGACAUCAGCAAACCACUCGCCCACACGACGCCAUACACGCGGUCUGCCGUCUGCCUGGUACAGUUGAACCGGGAUUCAUCCAUGAAGAGCACACUUCUCCAGCAUGCCAGUGGCCAUCGAAGGUGAGAAUUUGUACACUGAAAUCGGUUACGACACCUAACUUCAGGUCAAGACCCUGGUGAGGAUGACGCGCAACCAGAUGAGCUUCCCUGAGAUGGUUUCUGAAAUUCUUUAGUUGUGCAAACCCACAGUUUCAUCAGCAGUCCGGGUGGCUGAUCUCAGAAGUUCCCGCAGAUGAAACCAGAUGUGGAGGACCUGGGCUUGCAUGGUUACACGUGGUCUGCGGUUGUGAAACCUAUUGGAUGGACUGCCAAAUUCUCUAAAAUAACGUUGGAGGCAGCUUGUGGUAGAGAAAUUAAUAUUCAAUUAUCAGCAGCUCUGGUGGAUAUUCCUGCAGUCAGCAUGCCAAUUGCACGCUCCCUCAAAGCUUGAGACAUCUGUGACAAAACUGCACAUUUUAGAGUGGCCUUUUAUUGUCCCCACCACAAGGUGCACCUGUGUAAUGAUCGUGGCAUUUAAUUAGCUUCUUGAUAUGCCACACCUGUUAGGUGGAUGGAUUAUCAUGGCAAAGGAGAAAUGCUCACUAACAGGGAUGUAAACAAAUUGACAAUAAAUAUGCUUUUUGUGCAUAUGGAACAUUUCUGGGAUCUUUUAUUUCAGUUCAUGAAACAUGGUACCAAAACUUUACAUUUAUAUUUUUGUUUAGUGUAAACGGAAACAGAUCUAAAUAUGACUAAUUCUGACAUAUUACUAAUGUACAUAGCAUUUGAAAGAAUUGUUUCACACUAGGUUCAUAAUCACACCUUGUUCGUACUGCUUUCAAUGCAGCUCUAGGUAACACUUUACAUUAGUAGUAAUGCUGUAAUUACUACAGUCACAACAUUGUUGUUUUCUAAUAGCAUAGUAAUGGGGUUGAGUGGUUUUAGUUAUUACGCCAGUGGAAGGAGGAACGGUCCAUCUCCCUCUUUUGUAAAGGCAAAAACUCAAUUACUAUGCAAUUAAAAUGCAAUUAUCCUACUCUCCUGACUACUAUGUAUUACUGGUAUAAUUACAGUAUUACUACAUAGGUUUAGACAACUUAAUAUAAAGUGUUACCCAGCAUUCAUUAACAUUGUGGUUGGAUUCCAAGAGGUAAAACUGGUCAAUCACAAAUAGCCUUUCAUGAGCAUGAAGUUCUGUUUUUUCAAGACAACAACAGAUAGAACAUGAUAUGAGUAGUUGCAAGAAGGAGAUGUGAUGUUAUAAGAUGUAUAAAGAAAUACAUUAAA